AUGGCAGAAUUUAUUGAAGCUCUGUUCUAUGAUGUUGACCAAAUACUAACAGAGGAAACAAUGGUAGAAAUCUACUAUGAUCAACAAGAAGAAAUGCAAGAUGAAGACUUAGAACAAUAUGAAACAGAAAAUGAAAACAUGCAAGAAGAAGAAGAAGAAAAUGGGCAGCAAUGCACACAAGAUGUUCACAUUGCACAUGAAGAGGAUGAAGACAAUGACAUGCAAACAGAAAGAAGUUAUGUAGCUGUCUUGAAAAUUUCUCAUGUCACUCUUCAUAAUUUGAAGAAAAAGGGAAGGCUGAGAACACACAUAAGCAGUAACAAGCCAACACUGACAUUAGACCACAAGGUAGCUAGAAUAAAAUGGGUUCUGUCACAUAUAAACCCACUUACAUCAAAUGAGGACCCCACUUUUGUUGACAUGAACCAUGUCAUACACAUAAAUGAGAAAUGGUUCUAUCUCAAUUCUGAUAAGAGGAGAUUUUAUCUCCUACCUAAAGAGGAAGAUCCCUACAGGACACAACAGUCAAGAAGAUUCAAGUUUAAGCCAUUGUAUGACAGAAAUGGGGAACUACUCCAUGAUGGGAAGUAUGGAAUAUUCCCAUUCACUGUCAAUGAGAGAGCUAAGAAGUCAAGCAAAAAUAGAGCAGCAAGCACAUGGGAAACAAAGACACUCCAGAAUGUCAACAGAGAGGUGAUUAGGGAGAUGUUACCGACAAAGCCAGCACAGUCACCUGAUUUGAAUGUGUUGGACUUAGGCUUGUUUAGGUCAAUUCAGUCUUUGCAAUAUCUGUCUUUUCCUUGCAAUCUAGAUGAGCUAGUUGAGAAAGUCAUUGAGUCUUAUGACACAUUCAACCCUAAAGUCAACAAGUACAUAUGGGUGACUUUGCAAAGAUGUAUGAUAAAAAUUCUCAAGGGACAAGGUUGGAACAAGUACAAAAUACCCCAUAUGAACAAAAAUAAACUUGAAAAUCUUGGCAUUCUACCAGAUCAAGUUAAGGUGAAGAAGGAAAUUGUGAUGGAGGCUGUGGAGUACCUGAACACUAUGUUUAGACCAGCAAAUCAAGGCAAUCAAGAUGCAGCAGAAGAUAUGGAGGUAGAUGCAGACUAG